GCAGUCUGACCGGUGUGUUGCGUGUGUGAGUGUGUGCGAGUGCGCGACUGCUGUGCUCUGCGCCACCGCCACGAUCAUCUCCGCAGCGCGCUAGCCGCCGAGCACGGCAAUCAGCUGACAGGCCGCAGACGAGAACAUGGCGGCGGCCUGGAGCAAGAUGCUCGAGCAACGGCGGCCUGCCGUGGUCGCCGGCACGGUUGCCCUCAUCUACGCCUGGUCCUACUUCAGGUUUCUCAGGAAGCAGAAGAGGAGCCGGGAACUGGCGGCGGCGGCGCUGGUUUUCGACAAGAAAGAUGCCAAAAAGGAGAAGGCGCAUGUGGACCGCGAGUUCUUCAGGCAGCUGGGUAGCCUACUCAAGGUUGUCAUCCCCGGCGUCUUCACGCCAGAGUUUGGCUAUAUGCUGCUGGUGGCCAGCUCACUCAUUGGCCGGACGCUGUGCGACAUCUGGCUUAUCCGCAACGGCACCAUCAUCGAGCGGGCCAUCAUCUCUCGGAAUGUCUCACUCUUCAAGGACACGUUGCAGGCGUUCAUCUUCACCAUGCCCAUGCUUUCCAUGGUCAACAACCUCCUUAAGUACGGGCUGAGUGAGCUGCGGCUGCGCUUCAGGUCUCGGCUGCACCACGCCCUGUACAAGGAGUACCUGAGUGGCAUCACCUACUACCGGAUGAGCAACCUCGACAACCGCAUCGCCAACCCUGACCAGCUGCUCACACAGGACGUGGAGAAGUUUUGCGGUUGCCUGACGGACCUGUACUCCAACCUGAGCAAGCCGCUACUGGACAUUGUGCUCUACGUGCGGUGGCUGUCAGUUGCGAUCGGCCAGGAGGCCCCUGGGGCCAUGCUGCUCUACCUGCUGUUUGCCGGGGUCAUCCUGACACGCAUGCGUCGUCCCGUCGGCCGCAUGACCAUCCAGGAGCAGAAGCUGGAGGGCGAGCUGCGAUACGUCAACUCGCGCCUCAUCACCAACAGUGAGGAGAUUGCCUUCUACCAGGGCAACGAGCGGGAGCAAAUAACGCUGGACAACUCCUUCCGACGCCUUGUACAGCACCUGCGCGACUUCCUCGAGUACCGCUUCACCCUCGGCAUUGUUGACGACAUUGUUGCAAAGUAUCUGGCGACGGUGGUGGGCUACCUGCUGAUCAGCCGGCCGUUCAUGGCCGGCCAGCGCAUGCAGCUGGACCACAACCAGCGGCUCGAAGAGUACUACAAGAGUGGCCGUAUGCUCGUCAAGCUCGCCGAGUCGGUGGGGCGGGUCGUGCUCGCCGGACGAGAGAUGACCCGCCUGGCCGGCUUCACUGCCCGCGUCUCCCAGCUGCGCCACGUGCUGCACGACCUCGCCCGGGGGCACUACGUCCGCUCCAUGCUGCAAGUUGAACCUGCCAUCCCUGAAGAACGCGGCGAAGCCGGUGACACGUCAAAGCCUCGCCGUCGCAUGGAGCUGGUGCCAGGAGCAGGCCGCAUCGUCACACGCGACAACAUAAUUCGUUUCCAGAAUGUGCCGCUGGUAACGCCCAAUGGAGACGUGCUGGUUGACAACCUCUCCAUUGAGGUCAGGUCUGGAGUCAACGUGCUCGUCUGCGGCCCCAAUGGCUGCGGAAAGAGCUCCCUCUUCCGAAUUCUUGGAGAGUUGUGGCCCUUGUUUGGAGGCACGCUCGUGAAGCCAGCCAAGGAGAAGCUGUUCUACAUUCCCCAGCGGCCUUACAUGACGCUCGGAACACUCAGGGAUCAGGUGAUCUACCCAGACAGUCACCUGGAGAUGCUGCGGCGGGGGGUGACAGACGAGCAGCUGGCGCGGUUCCUGCACCUGGUGCAGCUGGACUACGUGCUGGAGCGAGAGCGGGGCUGGGACACCAUCCAGGACUGGAUGGACAUUCUCAGCGGCGGCGAGAAGCAACGCAUUGCGAUGGCCAGGCUGUUCUACCGGCAGCCCCAAUUCGCCAUCCUCGACGAGUGCACAAGCGCGGUGAGCGUCGAUGUCGAGGGCUCCAUGUACCAGUACUGCCGACAAGCUGGCAUCACCCUCUUCACGGUGUCGCACCGCAAGUCGUUGUGGAAGUACCAUGAGUACUGCCUUUACAUGGACGGCCGAGGAAGCUACGAGUUCAAGCCCAUCACCCCGGACACAAAGGAGUUUGGAUCCUAGCAGAUGACCGAGCCACUGAAGAGUGCCUUUUUGUUGUUUUUCAUAUAGCCUGUACAGUGCGUGUCGUGUAAUAAAGCCAAUAAAUGAGACGGGUGACAAACAUGUAA